CCUUCACAUGUGCUCUCUGCUGCUGUUGCUGCUGCCAUGGCAACCAGGAGUGUCAGAAAACAAAUUCCUUCCUAAGGGGAGAGGCCAUGAACACAUUCUGGUGCAGGUGUAACUUGCAGCCAACUUUAACAAGUAUGUCAUCACAUCUGGCAUACCAACCUGUGCUGCCCAGUGGGAACAAGUACCUUCAGCAGAAAUGGGACCAGAUUUGUUAUGAUAUACACAGGACAAAGUUGAGGACCAUGAAACCAACAGUGGACAAUACAGCGCCAAAGACAUAUGAUCACCCAAAAACGCUAAAGUGUGAAGACUAUUGGACGAUGAGGAUUGAGAAGGAAAACCGUCUCCUCCUUGACAAAAUAUCCCACAUUAUGAAGACCAACGGGAGGGUCGACAACAGGAAUUAUUACGAGAAGAAAAGUCUCAGUUUGGAGAAACGGCAGCGGGAGUUGGUGAGAAUCACCAAAGAGAACCAGGAGAUCCUGCUGCGUCUGAACCGGUGCAGGUCCCAGUACGACGUCAGACAUUGGCACCAAGAUUGGCUUAAAACGCUGAGGGUGAUGGACGCCAUCGCACGCUACCCAAGAGGAAGAGGAAGUCUGCAAAAGGAAAAGGUCAGCAAAAGGAGAGACAACAAUGACACAACAACGGAUGAAGCCAAAGCUCAACGUCAUUAGAUUGUCGACAAUGAAUCAAAAACAAAAGAAAAAGAAAUGAGGAUGAAAACCACAAUAAAAGAAGACACAGGAGGAGACGGAUGGCGCAGUGAUGCAACAAAAGAAUCCAUUGUGCCAAAAGAGCGUUGUGUUUCUACAGCUGAGAGUGAAGUUUAAAGGAGGAAUUACAUUUUUUUUUUCAUAUGUAAUACAGAGUGGCAAUUUGUAUUUUGGAUUUAUACUAUAUCCUUGAUAUUGCAUCUCAUUAGGGUCCGAGCAGCAAAAAUAUGCGAAGGCCCUGUUUAAAUUGUUUUGUCUAUUGAUAUCCUCCCACUUCGAUCACGUUUAUGAGGCCCCUAACAUGCGUGAAAAAUUGCCAGAUUUUGCAAGCGCAUCAGGUCCGAACACAACAUUUUAAAUAUGACUCAGUAGCGCCCCUUUAAAGGCCACUGCACUUUUUGGGGAAUUUUGCCUAUCGUUCACAAUCAUUAUGAAAGAUAUAAUGACAGGUGGAUUUUUUUAAUGCAUUCUCAAUACUAAAUAAACCUAAAUAAAAGUCUGCUUACAGCAGAGCCAAUGGUAGGUCCUCUAUUACGCCCAUAAAACCCAAUAAAUAACCAUUCAAAAACCGCCAACAAUACUCCAUUUACAGUUGGUGACUUCAAUAUUAAUCCCAGUAAAAGUGAUAUUGUUAUUAUAAGGGCUAACACAGACAAACUAUUUAUAAUGGCGCUGUGAUCACUUCCGUGUGUCACUAUUUAUACAUCAUCAAGUGGUUUGCUUUUUCCUCGCUUCCUUGCUCCUUGUAAGUUUAUUGUAUAUCAUAAAUAAUGACUCUCACCUGGAAAGUUGAUGGCUGAGGAUAUAACCCGACAAGUUGGUUCACUUUGACAGCUAAAUGGGCAAGGGCCCGUUCAACGGUGGAUGCAGCUUUAAUUGAUUGCUGUUUUCACGACUAUCAACUAUAAAAAUAAAUUGUUAAAAACA